CUCUGAGCAAUAACCCAUCGACACGUAAUCGAUGGCACACGCAAGGUGUCUGUAUUUUUGACGAUUCUUUGACAACUGCACAAUAUCGUCACCAGCUGCGUUCACGAGUACAUGGACGUCUACACGGAGAUCAGGACGGACAACACGACCAAGCUGAUAGAGACGCCCUUCGGGGGCAGGUACUGCGGCCCUAUACCUCCCCGCAAGAGGGUCUCCCUCUACCAGGGCAUCGCCCUCAGUUUCUACACCGACAAAAAUCUCACUCUGCCAAGUGUCUUCGACGGACGCUAUGCUUUUAUCAACGCCUCUGAGUACGAGAUCGGUACGCCAGCGCCGAGUCUGCCGUGCUCGUUCGUGGUUAACGCGGACGUCAAGCGUACGGGCAACAUCCUCUCGCCCACGUAUCCGGGCACUUAUCCCAAGGACAUAGUCUGCAGCUACCAGUUUGUUGGGAAACCGAGGCAACGAGUGCGACUCGAGUUUCGAGACUUUGAUCUCUUCUUCGGUGGUCCCCACUGUCCCUUCGACUAUGUAAAAGUGUACGACGGCAUAAACAACACGUCGGCCGUGAUCGGCACCUACUGCGGCCAACAGAGAAACCUCGUGCUGUACUCGUCCGAGUCGAGUCUGUUUGUUCUCUUCGUGACGCUCCAGCGUACAGCGAACACGCAAAAUCGCGGCUUCAAGGGUAUCUUUGAGUUCUCCGAGAGCUUUGUCAAACUAG